AUGUUGACAUUUUAUGAAAAAAAUUUUGAGAUAUUUUUUGUGGAAAAGGAGGCAAUAAGAUUUGUAGAAAACAUCAGGCGCCUAAUGGAUAUAAAAUGUUUAAAUGUAACUUGUAUGAGUGAUGAUUAUCUAACAUUAUACAAGGAUGGUGAGUAUUUAGGAGGAAAUAGGUAUACUUACAAUUCUUGCAAGACCAACAUAGCCCCCAUCAAAUACAUGGGUGAUGACUUACCCAAGAUAAAAAUGUCCAGACUUCUUCAUUUGACUUACUUAUAUUUACAUAAACUUAUAAAUUUGCAAAUAACUUUCCUAAUAUCUGUAACCGAGCCAACUUAUAUAUCAUUAAAGUCUCGCAUCGUAAAAAGUCUUAAACGUCUCGUAGAUACAUUCAAAAAGUUGGGGGAAGAAGGAUGUUCUGUACAAAUAGACGAAACGGUAUGCUGUAAGCGUCGCCUUAUAUACAACCCGACAAGUGGAGAAACUUAUAGUCGCGAUACAAAACGGGUUAUCGGCGUUAAUUAUGAGACUACUAGAAAGGUGGGGCUCGGUGUAUUGCCCGAUAGAACAAUUCCCACCAUUGGUUCGUUUAUAAAGCGGACAAUAAAUCUGAGGACUAUUACCAAAAGCGAUGGUUAUCCAUCAUAUCCCGUUUCAGUAGUUGCAAAUUCUUGCCAUCAUAUUCGGGAGAAACAUAGCCAAGGUUUUGUAGAUGAUUAUGGAAAUCACACAAAUUCUAUUGAAAGUGUUUGGCCGGGUGAUAAUAGAGAAAUUAAAUGUAGAAGUUGUAUUGUUUUUAAGUUUAGAAGGGGUUGUUGGAGAAUAUGA